AUGUUAUUCAGGAGGAAAAGCAAAGACACAUUGGUAACUAGAGAGCCAAUUACAUCCCUAAAGAAAUCGCGAAGCGCUAGAGACCUACUACAGAAGUUGACAUCCACACCUUCGCAAUCCAAGAAAUCUCUUGAACAGACCGAGCAUCAACUUACUCGACCACCGAAGCUAGAUUUAGCCCUCGAAUUGAACAAACAAUAUGCACCUUGGCCAGAGCCAUUUACUGUCUUAACUCCCAAAGAUGACGAGUUUCAAAACAAAGACCUCAUGACACCAAUUCGACAAAUGAUUGCAACCCCUGAAACAUCACAACCACCACAGCAACAAAGUUUACGAACGCAUUCCGAACAAAGAGCUAAAGUAUUGUCCACUAUAAUUGAUUUUGAAAACGAAUCGAUUGUUGAAAUGUAUACUCCGAGAAAACCAGUUUAUAUUCAAAACUCCAUUCGUCUUGAUUCCGCUUGUGGUAUUUUAGAGAGUCUUAGCUUGGGGGAUCACCAAGAUGGCUGUGACAUAGAACCACAAGCUGACGAGGAAAAAGAGGACGCGUGUUUCAAUAACUAUUCUACUGACACUGACGCUGAUGAUUUGACUUUUGAUGGUGUAUUUAGUACCUCCACUUCUUGUCAGAAUUCACCAUCCAAGGAUCCAUUCGAUACUGUUUCUUUAACUGAAACAAACAUUCAGAUUUACAAGAGAACACACAGAAAAUCUAAACAUAGCAGUCUACAUUUUGUUCAAGACAACUUUGAUUCGCCAACUAAGCCACAGAGAAAGCUGCAGACACCACAACUGCAACCACAACCACUUCCACAAACAUUGGAUGCGGCAUCACCCCCACAACCCCUACAAGCUGGACUUGUAGAGAACCAAAGGGACUCCAAGAAUGCCGAUUUAUACCAAUUGGAAAUCAUGCUACUACAAGAAAAGCACAAGUAUGAGAUGAAGCAACAACAAAGGGCAAUGAAGCACUUGCAACUGCAAUUGAAGCAACAACGUACUGAAAAUACAAUGUUGCGUAACAAAUUAUCUCAAUUAGAAUACAAUGAGGGAGAACUAUUACCUGCCUUCAAAUGGAAUAAAUCCGUCAUAAAGAAUGUGACCAGGAAAAGCCCAAAAGUAACAUUCAAAGAUGACCAAGGUAAUGAUGAUGCCGGUUCUAUGCUCUCAACUGAAGAGUCAAUUAUGAGUUUGUAUUAUGACGAAAGAAAAGUCUCGGGUGCAUCAACUGUCGGCUCAUCAACUAAUAGUGUCAACAAAGACUACGACUAG